CAGCAACCGAUCCUUGGGAGUUGAGUUCCACUAGGUCACAAUGGCUGCGACGACGAGGGUAUCUCUCGCUCUCCUGCUCGUCGGCGUCGGCGUCGUCCUCACGGCGCAGCUGUGCGCUUGCACGGCGUACGGCUGCGAUGGGUUCAGUGUGGAGUUCAUCCACCGCGACUCCGUCGGGUCGCCGUUCCACGAUCCCUCGCUCACCGCGCACGGGCGCGUGGUCAAGGCGCUCGCGCGCUCCUACGCCCGCGCCGACGCACCGUCGGCCCACGGCGUCGUGUCUGAGCUCACCUCCACGCCGUUCGAGUACCUGAUGGCCGUGAACGUGGGCACGCCGCCCACCCGUCUGCUCGCCAUCGCCGACACCGGCAGCGACCUGAUCUGGCUCAACUGCAGCAAGAAGGGAGCCCACGGUCCUGGCCCGGCGUUUGCCGGCGACGCGCCCUCGCCCCCGCCGCGGCCGGGCGUCGUGUUCGACCCCUCCAAGUCCAAGACGUACCGCCUCGUGGGCUGCGACUCCGGCGCGUGCCGCGCUCUCCCGGACUCGUCCUGCGCCGGCGGCGACAAGUGCACCUACUACUACUACUACGGCGACGGCUCCGCGACGAGCGGCCUCCUCUCCACCGAGACCUUCACCUUCGCCGACGCCCCCGGCGCCCGCUGCGGCGACCGCACGACGCGCGUGCCAAACGUCAACUUCGGCUGCGGCACGAACUUUGUCGGCUCCUUCAUCGGGGACGGCCUCGUCGGCCUCGGCAACACCAACCUCUCCCUCGUCACGCAGCUCGGCGCACACGCCUCGGUCGGCCGGAGGUUCUCCUACUGCCUCGUGCCCUACUCCAUCAACGCCUCCUCCGCGCUCAACUUCGGCGCCCGCGCCGCCGUGACGGACCCGGGCGCGGCCACGACGCCGCUGAUCCCGUCCAGGGUGAGGACCUACUACACCAUCGAGCUCGCGUCCGUCAAGGUCGGCAGCGCGACCUACAGGGCGCCGCGCCAGACCCCCGCCAUCGUCGACUCCGGCACGACGCUGACGUUCCUCGACAAGGCGCUGCUAGACCCGCUUGUGAAGGAGCUGGCCGGGCGGAUCAAGCUCCCGAAGGCCCCGCCGCCGGAGGACCUCGAACUGCCGCUGUGCUACAACGUGAGCGGGCUAAAGGAGGGGCAGAUCGCGGCGAAGAUCCCCGACGUGAAGCUGGGGCUGGGCGGCGGUGCGACGGUGACGCUGAAGCCGUUGAACACGUUCGUGGUGGUGCAGGCGGAGACCCUGUGCCUGGCGAUUGCGCCGGCGUCGGAGCGCCUUCCGACGUCGAUCAUCGGGAACAUCGCGCAGCAGAACAUGCACGUCGGGUACGACCUCGACAAGCGCACCGUCACCUUCGCCGCAGCCGACUGCGCGAGGUCGCACCACGGCCGCGGCCACGGCCACGCGCCCGCACCGGCCCAUCAUGCCCACGCUCGCGCACCCGCCCCCGCCCCGGCACAUGCCCCCUCCCGCGCACCCGCCCCCGCACCCGCACAUGAGCGGCUCCGUGUAGGCGUGUAGCCAUAAAUCUGUAAACCGUCUGCUUAUUUUUUUUCUUUGAAAAUGAUCACCGUUACUAGCAGUUGGUAUUUUCAGA